AGGGCGGAGGCGGAGGCCAGUUCCCUAGCUCCAGCCGCCGUCGCCGCUGCCUGUGUAGUUGCAGCAGCGGCCGCCUCCCGCCAGCUCGCUCCGGGGAAAGAGAACGCGCGCGAGCUCGGGCGUCCCCGCCCCAGCCCUUCCCGGAGCCAUGAAUCCCAACUGCGCCCGGUGCGGCAAGAUCGUGUACCCCACGGAGAAGGUGAACUGUCUGGAUAAGUUCUGGCACAAAGCAUGCUUCCACUGCGAGACCUGCAAGAUGACACUCAACAUGAAAAACUACAAGGGCUAUGAGAAGAUCCCCUACUGCAAUGCACACUACCCCAAGCAGUCCUUCACCAUGGUGGCUGACACCCCGGAAAACCUCCGCCUCAAGCAACAGAGCGAGCUCCAGAGUCAGGUGCGCUACAAGGAGGAGUUUGAGAAGAACAAGGGCAAAGGCUUCAGCGUGGUGGCAGACACACCCGAACUCCAGAGAAUCAAGAAGACCCAGGACCAGAUCAGUAACAUAAAAUACCACGAGGAGUUUGAGAAGAGCCGCAUGGGCCCCAGCGGGGGCGAGGGUGUGGAACCUGAGCGCCGAGAUUCGCAGGACAGCAGCAGCUACCGGCGGCCCCAGGAGCAGCAGCAGCCGCCCCACCACAUCCCAGCCAGCGCGCCAGUUUACCAGCAGCCCCAGCAGCAGCAGGUGGCACAGUCCUAUGGUGGCUACAAGGAGCCCGCGGCCCCAGUCUCCAUACCACGCAGCGCCCCAGGAGGGGGUGGGAAGCGGUACCGCGCCGUGUACGACUACAGCGCCGCCGACGAGGAUGAAGUCUCCUUCCAGGACGGGGACACCAUCGUCAACGUGCAGCAGAUCGACGAUGGCUGGAUGUACGGGACCGUGGAGCGCACGGGCGACACGGGGAUGCUGCCGGCCAACUACGUGGAGGCCAUCUGAGCGCCUGGCCCGGCCGCCCUGCCCCAUCCGUCUUCAGUGCAUUCCACGGCAUCGCAUCUGUCCUGGGCGUCACCUGUCCCCCCUUCACUGUCUCUGUUUGUUUGUUUUGUUUUGUUUUAAAUCUGCGACAGCUUGUUUAUUCCCACCCUCCUCCAGCUUUUGCCAACCGAAGCCUUGUUCUGCCACUUUCGCAGGCUCUUCCUCUGGCAGGUUUUCCCUUUGACCAACUUCUUGGUUUUCUCUCUGGAUGGAACAGGUGUGGACCUCUCCGGGGGAGGCUGAGGCACAGGGAGCGGGUCUGGAAUUGGAGACCCAUGGCUUCUCUCCUUCCUGCCCCCCUCCGACCUCCCUGCCCUCCUCACACACCCCAACUUUCCAGGACUUCUGGGGGAGGGGCUCCGUACAUUCCCAGAGUGGGACCCCACCACCCUUGCCCCUGGGAAGGGCUUGGCCUCUACUUCUCAAAGACAGGGCUGCGCCCCCCCACCCCACCCCACUCUCCAGGACCACAGAGGAGGGUACGUUCCCGCUCUGGGAUCCACUCGUCCCUCCUCAUUCGUGUUCCUUCUCACACUGUGAUUUUGCUCUCGUGCCCACACACGGCCGUGUGGGCGAGGGGCUCCCCAGGAAGCACGGCUUGGGUCAAGUGCUCACCUUUCUUACUCUUAGGGACAGUUGCAGGAAGGAGGGGAACGGGGUGUUCUCUCCCAUAGCCCUUUUCAUUCCUCCACCCCCAGUCUCCUGGCCCCUGAGCUCUGGGCUACGUAGGCCCCUCCCCACCCCACUCCCCGUGGGAAGAUGUCUCAGGCCUCCCACGGGCACCCCUCCUCGGCCCAGGGCCAAGUGGACUGGAACUGUGCGAAGCCACAGGGCUUUCUGUGUCUCCAGGACUCCGCAUGUGGAGGAAGGGGUGCAUCUGUGUCUGACGGGCUAGCUGAGUGAAGCAGUCAGGGUCCAGGCCGCCGGGAGCCCCUGGGCUUCUGCGAGAGUUCACAGAGCCGUCUCCCUGCCAUGGCUUCCUCAGAACCCACAGUGGGGGAGAACCCUGGGGGAGAGACGUGCCUCGUGGUUUCUGUGGAGUGAAGAUUCCUCCUUUCCUUCAAUUGCCAAACAGCAGAAGCCCACCCACCUCCUGCCCCUUCCAGACUGCUGGCCAGAGGUAAGGGGGGUGGUCGUGGGGUUAGCGAGGCUGAUGUUGGGGCCUGCAGUUUGCUGGGGUCGGUGGGGCAGGCUUCGUGGCUCUAGGCCUCUUUCCCCCCAUCUCUGUGUCCUGGGCUGCAGACCGCCCUGUGUCACCCGCAGUGUGGGUGCCUCACUGCCCUUUCCCACCAUCUCCCCGCUAACCUAACACCCCCUUGAAGCAGAGGGAGAAGGUCCCAGGCCUACAAAACUGGAAGCACAGACCCCGGGAUGAGGAAGGGAAAGAUGGUGCUAUUUCCAAGUCCCUUCUCUCGUUCGCUGGUGGCUGUGACGACCCUUGCUUGGCUUUAUUCAUCUCUGGGCUCUCUCAGCAUCCCUCUGGGCUUCCCCCUCCCGUCUUCGCCUCAGCCUCGACAUCUUUGCCUCCUUGUCCCGUUGGGAGAGGGAGGACCCUGCAGGCAGAUGCGGCAAUCAGGUCCUCACUGCUUGGGAGUCAACCUUGGAAUAUUUACCCCAAAUCAGAAGGUUGAAGAAAUGACUGUGGGGGGAGAACUCUCCCUGGCCCAUCUCUCUUCUCUGGCCCCGACCUAGGCGAAGGCAGGUGGAGGGGCUUUAUGUUGAACAAUUUGGGAGCUGAAGGAGGCAGAGAGGGAGCAAUCUGGGGAGCUUUGAGAAGGGGGCACCAGGCCAUUACUUUUCCUCUUGAUCUCAAAGCACAAUUUGGAUUUGGGAACCAAGGUCAGAGACCUGUCCUGUUGCAAGACCUGUGGUUGGGAGCCCAGUGAGGCAGGAGGAGAGCCUGGAGGAGUAAGAAGCAGCCUGUCUUCCCUUAGCUUAAUUUUUCUUCCAAAACAAGGCAGGCCAGCCACUGGAAUCUUGCUGCCGGCCACUCUACUCCUCCCGGCCUAAAAAUAGGGGACCUUUUUGUACACACCCCCAGAGAGAAGGACUGCCACACUGGUGCUGAGGGACUCAGAGGCUGCUAGGAGUCCUUGCUCCUUUCCAGAACCAUCCAUUCCUAAAAGAGCACAGAACUGAGGGCUGGGCCAAGUCCCAGGUCUUUUCUUACAGUUCACAAAGGUCUUUGGCCAAUCUAAUCCCAGGAAAGCAGAUACAUCAAAGCUAGAAUGUGACUAUAACUUUAGUGGACCAACCAAUAAGAAAAUACAAGAAGCCCAAUGGUGAGAAAAGUGAAUUUGUCACACUGCUUCCUAUUUUCUUCCUCAUGUCCCUCCAGGGAAAACUAUUGCUUAAUUUCUGCCUUUUUCCUCUCACAUAUGCACUUUUGGGCCUUUUUAUUUUUUUUUUAAGUAGCUGGAAAAAAAAAAAAUACCACCCCACAAACCUGUAUUUAAAAAGAAACAAAUGACCAUGUGAAAUUUGCCUCUGUCCAAACAUUUCAUCCGUGUGUGCGUGCGUGAGUGUGUGUGUGUGUGUGUGUGUGUGUGUGUGUGUGUGAAGCCGUCCGUUCAUCUUUUUAUAUGGGGUGGUUGUCUUUUCUUGGUCUGUUUGGUCCUCUCCCUCGUGGGCUUGUGCUUGGGAUCAACUCUUUCUGGCCUGUUAAUGAUUCUCGACAUUUGACUUGGACCACAAGUGAAUCUUUCUCCUGGUGACUCAAAUAAUAAAAGUAUAAUUUUUA